UGGCGUUUUUAUUGAGCUUGAAGCAAAGAGCUACUCUUUGGCUUGAAGUGUGUUAAUUUUAAUUUUUAGUUGCUUCAUUUCAUAGCGUUCGUCCUCGCCGCAGUAAUGGCGUUUAUUAAUUUUAAUCAUCUUUCAUCCACAUUUUUAUCGUUUCUUAUUUUUAGCUGUUGUUUUUCCCGGCAUUUAACAGCUAAUCUUGAAUCAGGUGACUUUCCAAGAUUUUACGAAGAUAGUCUAGAUUGGUGCCAGAAAUCACUUAGUGAACUUAUUGAUAUCUCUCAGCUUGAAAAACUGUUAAACGAUGUGUUUUAUAUCGAUGAUCCCAAUGGAAUCGAUCUUAAUGGAGAUAUUACUUUCAACUCUCUGAGUGUUUUUGAUGAAUUACUCAGUCCUGAUGUUAUCAGUCGGAGUGGUUCAACUUUUGGAGAUGAUUUCCAACGGUCGCUUACAACCUCAGAUGAAAGGCUAACUAGGGUUGAAAAUGAAAUCAUCAAACUCAAAGUCCUCCUUGGCAAUGCUAUGAAGCUGGAUGGCGAACAAAAGGUUACUGGAGAUAUUACCUUUGACAACGUUUACCUUAAUUGUGGAAGUGCAGGCUGUGAUAUCAACUUCAUUGAGACAAUAUUAUUAAACGGUCGAAAUGUCAAGGGACUGUCAUCUAAAGUCAUUCGGUUGGAUCAAGAUCAACAUUUAAUUGAUCAUUUCAAUUUCUCUAAACUUGUGGUUGGAGAUUUAGCCGCAAAUUUCAUUAAUAAUAUUAUGCCUUCAGAUAUUGUCACAAGAGAUAGCGAUAAUUUCAUCAAUGCUAGUAUAACAUUUGAAGGUCCAGUUGCUGUUAAUAAACUUAUCGUACCUGGCACUAUCAAUGGAAUCAGAAUCAAUCGACAAACUGUCCUUACAACCACUGGACCACAGGUCAUUACCUCACCAAUUACCUUCACUGAUAGUUUAAAUGUCAGAGAUCUUUAUAUUGAAGGUCGACUGCCGCAAAUUGACAAAGAUGUUAAUACUUUUCUCUCAAACAUUGUACAAGUUGAUAGCGACCGUCCAAUUUCUGGAAAGAAGAUGUUCAAUACUCUGUAUGUCGAUAACCUGUUAAUCAGCGGAGGCACUAUUAAUGGAUUUAACUUAACUGAUCUUACGCGUAAUUUGUUAACACGAGAUGGACCUCAAACUUUAAUGGGACAUGUCACUGUAAAUGAUUUAAUAAUCAAAGGUGAUGCUUGGAUAGAGAACAUCAACGGUAACAGAUUCGAUGAGGUGAUAGUACGACGAGAUACGCCAAUAAAGAUUAAAGGUGAUAAAGUUUUUAGUGGCCCUGUUAAUAUAAGAUCAAUGGAAAUUGAUGGUUACUUAAAUGGACGGCCUAUUGUCAACAGAUCUCUAGGUCUCCUUUUAAAAUCCGGUUCUCAAGUUAUCACUGGCUUGAAAGUCUUCCGCAACAUCACUGCAAGUAAAGUUUCGGUUUAUGGAGAUAAUGUUGGACCUUUGAAAAUCAACGAAUUGGAGGACAGAAUGAACCGAAUGAUUCAAGGUGGCAAAAAUCGUGUCUUGUCUGGUCCGAUCAAACUAGAAUCCAUAAAAGUUGAUGGUUUGAUUAAUGGUAUUAAUUUAACUAGCUUGAUGACCGAUUAUUUGAAAGUUAAUCAACCUGUGAUCCCUGCUGUUCAUCUCAACAUAUCGAAAGCAAUUUUCACCAAACCAUUGAAAUGUGACUCAAUCAAUGGUUUGAAAUUUCCCGAUGACUUUAUUACUGUUAAAACUGAUCAAAUCAUCAAAGGAACAACCUAUAUUUCCAAUAACAUAACUGUAAUGUCAAGCUUGAAUAUAUCGCUAGUCAAUGGUUAUCCUCUCGAUGCUGCUCUAUGGGACUCAUUGACAACAAACGGAGAUCAAAAUAUUACAGGUUAUAAAAGCAUCAAUGGUAAUGUGUAUGUCAAGAAUUUAUAUGUUGACAAACUCAACAGCGCACCAAUGAAAGAUCUUGUUCUAUUAAAUGGAGACAGCCGAACCAUUUUGGGAAACAAAUCAUUCACUUCAGUUCAUGUUGAAGGUAGCAGCUCAAUCAAAUCUAUCAGCGGGUUAAAGUCGAUUAAUAAUAUUGCGAUUGAUGAAUUACUAAGCAACUCUAUCAACAAAAGAGACUAUCAGUCUAUUACACCUCAAAUUCAUGUUACGAAAUUGGUUAUACCUGCAGAUGCCAAUAUAAAUGUCGAAAAUCUCGAUGGACUCAGAUUAAAUGAUAUUUUAAGAUCAGUUGUUUAUUUGCGCUCUAAUGAGGUCCAAAGCAUUAGAGGAAAGAAACAAUUCAUGGCUCCAACAACUUUUGGUAACAUCGAGUUCCAUAAAACUUUUGCUGGCUAUACAAGGGAUCAAUUUGCAAGAAAUUAUUUAAUUUCAGAAGAUCGCGAAAUACAAGCUAAUGUUACGAUAAAUGCAGAUGUCUUCGUUGAAGAUAACUUGAGUGUGACUGGAAAGCUAAACGAAUUACAUAUUAACCAAAUGAACUCUUUCGAAACAAAACCAAUUUUCAUUAAUCGACCAAUGAACUUCCGUCAUGCUCGUAUCAUUGGUGGUAAUGUAGAAUCGCCAACUAUAAAUGGAAUACGUUUUGCUAAAGAAAUGAUGAAUCGAAAGGUUCCAAUAGUUAUUCCAGGCGAUGCACAUUUCCCUCAUGGUAUAACUGCGAAAACACUCACAGUUAAAUCAACGAUUAAUAAUGUUUCAAUCAGUGGAUCGAUGUGUGAUCCCAUUAAAGAUCUUUUCAGUCGUCAAUAUUCAUUGACUAUAAUUGGCAAUGUAACAGCUGAAGCUCCCAUCACGGCAAAUACUGUUAAUGGAAAGGCCUUCGAUGAUAAAAUAGUAAACCAGAUGAUUCGCCGAUCAUUAAAAGGAUUCAAAAGGUUUAAAAGACUAGUAGUCAACGGACCCAUUUCUCUUGGCGGACGACUUAACAAUAUUGACCCUUCAUAUUUAAAUCAAAACUAUCUGAGCUUAACAAAUGAUCAAACAAUCCAUUCAGACGUAAUUUUGCGAAAUGUUACCUUUUCUGGUCCAGUUUACAUUGGAGGUAAUUUGGUGGGCCAAAAUGCAACAAUAAAUGGUCAAGAUCUGAACAAGUUUGCUAACAUGGCAUUUCGAAAUAUUGAUGAUCAAUUCCUUGAGGGAAGAUUCACUUUCCCUCGUAAUGUAAUAUUCAAAAAAGGAUUAAUUAGCUCUCCAUUGAUUACACUUAACAAUACUGUAAUUGAUUUGAGGAAAGAUGUUUUACGUAAAAGCCGUUCUAAUCGAGUUGAUUCAAAGUUAAUAUUCCAUCACGGUAUCAGUACAAAGGACGUAACAUCCAGUGCUCGUUCAAACUUCAACAGGCAAUUAAGAGCACUUGAAUUAUUAACAUCACCAGCCAAGAUUUUUGGUCGGAAACAUUUUAAAACUCUAGAAGUUGAUAAUUUAGUGGUAAAAACAAUCAAUGGAAUCCCUGUUUCAUCGUUUUUACGAACUGAUGAAGCAUCUGAAAUUUAUAAAACCUUUAUAUUUGAAAAGGACAUUGAAAUCAAUGGUAAUCUAACUUUACUUGGAACUAUCAACGGCCUGAGGUUUGAUGAAUUGCGUUCCAAGUUUUUAAAAUUUUAUAGUUCAAUUGAACAUUUAAAUAGGGAGGUAAAUCAAACUGGUAAAGAAAUAGAUUAUUUGAAAAAAGAAUUGGCCGGUAAAUUUUAGUUUGUUAAUUUAUUAAUGAGUAUUUAUUUUGUUAUUUUAAAUAAAAUCAUAAUCUACUGUUAUAAUUUAUAA